AGACUUUGUGGCAAUCAUGUGAACGCUUUGCGAAAAAAGCGAAUUUUCUGAACCUUCUACACACGAGGAUAGAAAAUUCCCAGCGUUGUCUGGUUCUGGAGAAAGAUUAACCUUCUAAGAUUAUUUUGAUUUAAAAAGCUGAGAAAAAAUGGACGUAGUUUGCACCAUUGCAGAGACCAUGGUCUGAAGGCCAUUCUCUUUCAUGAGCUGGAUAUUGUACUUCAAAAUCGAACGGCUUACACCGAAAUUUUGACAUUUGGAAGCUCAGGAGUAUUGGAUAUUUUACGAGCUAUGAAUCAUCGAGAGUUUGGUCAAGAAGCGUUUAAUAAUGACCAAUUUCUUGCGGGAGGAAUAACCUUAUUUAUAUCUGGCUUCAUAGGAUUCAUUGGAAACACGUUCGUCUUAAUCAUCACUUACAGAAUUCUACGCUAUCGAAAAAAUAUUCCUUCAAUCUUAAUACUUUUCCUAGCCUGGACAGAUUUUCUUACCUUUCCCCUUAUUUACCCACAAUCGCUUAUUAAAUAUUUCUUCGGCGUUUAUAUUGGUGACUACAGCGCGUGCGACUUCCAGGGUACAGUUAUUACGUUCUUGUACGGAGUUUCCAUAUUACUGGUCCUUAUCAUGAGCAUCGACCGCCUUCUUGCUUUAUACAAGCCAUUCUGUUAUGAACAACAUAUAUCGUACGAUAAAGAGAAGGUUAAAGUAACAGCUAUUGGAGUGAGUGCAGCUGGUUUUACUAUAGCUCUUCUACCUACUUUUGGUGUCGGACGAAACGUCCUACAUUUUCCAGGAACGUUUUGUUUAUUUGAAUGGGGAGCAAAAACAGUGGAUGGUAUAGCGUUGCUCUAUAUUUACAUGACACUACUUAGUAUAGCCAUUCUUGCUAUAGUAUUUUGUAAUUUUACUGUAGUACUGUUAGCCUGGAGACUAAUGCGUAGACUUCAUAGUGAGAGUACACUAGGAGAUAAAGAAACCGCUUCAACUUGUCAAACGAAAAAGAAGCACUCAAACCGAGGAGAUAUGGAGAUGCAGUUUGCGAAGCUUAGUUGUAUGACUGCUAUUGCUAUCGUUGGAUGUUGGAGUCUCUUUUUGAUUCGCUUAACCAUGAUUCAGGCAGGGUACCCAUUUGAUGCGUUUAUCGACUUUACUGCAGUAAGACUGGCUUCACUCCACUCUGUUGUCAACCCUUGGUUUUAUCCCCUUCUCAGAAGAAAGUACCGCGAAGGAUUCUGGUAUCUAAUUACGUGGAUAGGUCACGUGGUCACUUGUACGCUUAUUAAAAGACCAACAAAUACUUUAGAUGAUAUUGUAGGUGGAACGCCAAGAACGAAACGAAGCAAAAAGAUGCAAAAAGUAGAUGAGCGCCGACGGUCAAGUUCUCAGCGGUUUCUCAGUACAACAACAUUAUCAGCGUCCGUUACAACUGACUCCAAAUCAACAGAUAAAAAAUAA